AUGGCCAGGCUCCCGGUCCUUGCCGUGGCCGCUGUUGGCUCCCUCUAUGCAACCACUGCCCUAGCCUACCCAGGUGCUAAGAGUGCCGAUCUUCGUAAAGAGUACGAUUAUGUCAUUGUCGGUGGAGGUGCAGCCGGUCUGACAGUUGCAAAUCGUUUGUCUGAGAACCCUGCUGUAACUGUCCUCGUCAUCGAAGCUGGUGACUUUGACGCCAAUGAAGACUUUGUCACGAUCCCUGGCCUCGCUGGCGGCGCUGUCGGUACCAAAUACGACUGGAACAUCACGUAUCCUGCCAGCGAGUCGCUUAACGGGCGCAGCGUCUCGAUCCCUCAAGGCAAAGUCGUGGGAGGCUCAACCAAGCUCAACCGAAUGGUUUUUGAUCGAGGAUCGAAAGCAGACUACGAUGACUGGGCUGAGCUAGGUAACAAGGGCUGGGACUGGGACACUCUUUUUCCCUACUUUAAGAAGAACGAACAAUUCACUCCUCCCAAUGCCGAUAUCCAGAAGGAGUAUGCCAUUACUACGGAUGCGUCAGCUCAUGGUACUUCGGGCUACAUGCACUCAAGCUACUCACCCUUCUUUUGGCCUACCACAAAGAACAUUGUCAAGGCGGUCCAAGAGCUUGACAUCACUGUCGCUCGCGACCAAGCCAACGGAAGUCCUAUCGGAGGAUACUUCUGUCCUCAUAACCAAGAUCCCAAAACGCUGACGCGGUCCUCUGCCCGGGAAGCCUACUACGAGUCGGUCUCCAGCCGGAAGAAUCUCAAGAUAUUGACUGGCCAACAAGUUACACGCGUACUCACUAAGAAGUACAGGAGCACAGUCAAGGCCACAGGUGUAGAGUUUGCCAAAAGCAGAGACAGUUCCCGCCAGACAGUCAGGGCCAAGAAGGAGGUUAUUCUUGCGGCGGGAGCAAUUCAUACGCCCCAAAUUCUCCAAGUCUCUGGCAUCGGCGAUUCGACCCUUCUCUCUAGCAUCAACGUCGCCACAGUCGUGGACCUCCCUGGAGUCGGCCAGAACUUCCACGACCAUGUCUUGCUCGCCGUAGUCAACCAGAUCAAAGCACCUGUUCAGACCAGCGACCUGACCAACAACGCCACCUUUGCGGCACAAGCGCGAGCUCAGUACGACAGUAAGAAGAAGGGUCCCCUAACAAGUCCCACUGGCGAUUUCCUCAUCUUUCUGCCCCUCUCCGUCUAUUCAAGCGCAGCCUCAGACAUCCAUGAGCAAGCAACUGGCCAAGACGGCACCAAGUUUCUGCCGCCUGGCACGCCCGCCGAGAUAGCUAAGAGCUACCAGAAGCAGCAAAAGCUUCUUAGCGAGAAGUUGCUCGACAAAAAGACUGCUAUUCUUGAGCUCAUCUGGAGUGACGGCGCCCUCGUCCUCGGUCUCCAACACCCAUUCUCGCGAGGAUCCGUCAAGGCUAAAUCAUCUAGCAUCUUCGAUGCUCCUGUGGCCAACCCGGAGUUUCUUAGAAACCCACUUGAUGUCGCCCUUUUGACUGAAGGUAUUAGGUUUGCCCGAAAGCUUGUUGAGGCGCCCUCUAUCAAGAGUCUCGCGCCUGUGGAGGUCGUCCCUGGAGCCAAUGUGACGUCCGACGAUGAUCUAGAGCAGUUCAUUCGCUCUAGUGCUGGAACACUGUUCCAUCCCGCUGGGUCCAACAGGAUCGGCAAACGUGAAGAAGGCGGUGUUGUCGAUGAGAACCUCAAGGUCUAUGGUGUUGAUGGGCUUCGAAUUGUUGAUGCUAGCGUGAUUCCUUUGCUUCCUGCUGCGCAUACUAUGACGACUGUAUAUGCUGUAGCUGAGCGGGCUGCGGACCUUAUCAAACGGGGAUAG